CAACUCCUCAAGCUAACUUGUGUGGGAAAAAAAAGAGUGAAUUGAAAAAAAAAUGGCAGAAAAGGAAAUGUACGAUGCUGCAACAAUUGGAGAUGUAACAACACUGAAACAACUCCUCCAAACAAAUCAACACCUUCUUGAUGUAGUUUCAUUAACCUCAUGUCUGAAAAACGUGUUGCACAUUGCAAUAAAUCAGGGGCAAGAAGGCAUCGUGGAAGAGGUGCUGAAGAUCAAGCCGGAGCUCGCUCUCGAGCUCGACUCCAAGGGCUCGUCGUCUCUCCACCUCGCGGCCGCAAUAGGGAUCGUGGGGAUCGCAAAGAGGCUGCUAGCCAUAGCCCCGGAGAUGUGCUGGUGGCGAGACGGCCAAGAUAUGAACCCGCUUCAUGUCGCGGCCGUGAAAGGGAAUGUGGCGGUGUUGGAGGAGAUGCUAAGGCAGGACUCCUUUGCGGCCGCGGAAAGGCUGCAUCGCGGACAGACUGUGCUGCACUUGUGCGUGAAACAUCGUCAGCUUGGGACGUUGAUGGUUUUGGUGGAUAAACUGGGAGACAAAGACCUAGUGAGUGCAGAGGAUGAUAAUGGAGAGACAUUGUUGCAUUUUGCUGUCAGGACUAAUCAACUUGAGGUUGUAGUAUACUUGGAUGAAAGUGGCAAACUAGGGAGGUUGACAAAGAAUUCCGGUGGCAAAACCGCCCUCAAUAUCUUGAACGAGAGCUUUGAAGACACAAGUACAUAUUCCGAAAUGAAAUCAAUCCUGAAAAAGUAUUCUAAUCGGUUAAUAGCCCUAAACCUGCCUCGGUUCGCUGAGAUGACGAUGGUGGCAGCGGUCCUGAUCGCGACCAUGGCGUUCCAGGCGGCCGUCAGCCCCCCAGGCGGCGUAUGGCAAGCAAACAAGCACCGAUAG